UCGUGUUCUGAUGAUUACGUUUUUCCGGAUCUAAAUUUUUGGUAGAGACUGUAUGUUUAUUUGUUAAAUUGGCCGCGUAUUUAAAAAAGCCUCUUAUGCUGCCCGUGAUUAGUUCAGACGUGAACGAGUUGCAUGUUAGUUCGUUUCAUAAUAGUAAUUUACAUGCGCUUGGCGAAGUACAUACCAAACUUGGAUACAAGAACGAAGCUACGGAUUGACGAUGUGUGAAAACUGGGAAAAUCUUAUAGUGGACGAGAUCAAGAGCGAAUUGGUGCUCUUGAGUGAACAGAAAGGCAUCACGAAACCUGCGAUAUCGUGCACGCCGGGUAGUGCAAUCGGUGAUAAUUAUUUGGGAGAAAUAGUGAAUGUAAUUAUCGAAGGUGAUGAUGGAAAGGAAAAUGGAAAAAAUCGCCUUAACAUCAUUGUAAAGUGUGCCCCAAGGGCAGGAGCGUUUCGGACGAAAUUGCCCAUGCAUCAACUGUACCUCCGAGAGAUGUACGCUUACGAUACGAUUUUUAGAGAAUUUUUAAAAAUACAGAACGACUGUAAUGUCAAGGAUGUUUUUAAUCCUUUUGCUGUUUGUUACAAAACAAUUCCAACGGACGGCUACGAAACUUUGAUAAUGAAAAAUAUGAAAUCGAUAGGAUACUAUAUGGAGAAUAGGUUCAAACCGUUGGAUUACGACCAUGUCCUUUUAACGAUCAGGUCUUACGGGAAAUUACAUGCCCUCUCGUUCGCGCUAAGGGAACACGAACCUGAAAAAUUUCGAAAACUUGCGAAUAAUUUAAAGGAGGAGUUCUUCAGUAUAGUUGACCUUCCCGAGAAUUAUUACGAUCAAAUAACUAAACCAGCUUCCGAUUUAUUGGAAGGACCGUUGAAAGAAAAAUUUGAUGAUUACCGUUCCAGACUUCAAAGCAUUUUGGAGGAAGAACUGUGUGAAGAGACUCCAGGACGAUAUGCUGUGAUAGGACAUGGUGAUUGCUGGACCAAUAAUUUUUUAUUUAAGAGAGAGGCAAGUUAAAAUAUUAAUUUUCGAUAUUAACGAUAAGUGGUAAUUGUCGUAAAAUUAAAAGUAUUUCAAUUAAAAAAUAGUAGAAGUUAAAUAAGAAAAUCGUUAAACCAUCUCCAUCAUCAUAAGAUUGUCAGUUCUAAGACUGACUGGACAAGAGCCUCCACAUUUUC